GCCGGCGCCGCCGCGUCACGUGACCCGGGUACCGGGCUGGGCGAGCCGCGCACCCCCUGCGCGCGGCCCCUGACCUGCGGCCUCCCGGACUGCGCUGCUGCGCGGACCCGCCGGCCCGACUUCCUGCUGAUUGCGCUGAGGAGCCUACUUUCCUCCUUUGAGAAGACUACCUCCUUCUCUUUGCCUCAUAAUGAGUCAGCUGAGGCUGUUGCCAUCCUGGCUUGGAGCACGGGCCUCGAGGCUCCUGGCCCCACACGAUGUCCAGAUGUUCAACCGGCCCAGCAGGUCAUCUGGGCCACCGGCCACCUUCCCAAGUGGCAAACGUGGAGGCAGCUCCAGUUACAUGGAGGAGAUGUACUUCGCCUGGUUGGAAAAUCCCCAGAGUGUCCACAAGUCCUGGGACAGCUUCUUCCGAAAAGCCAAUGAGGAAGCCACCUGUGACCCGGCUCAGCCACCGUUCCCCGAGACCAGGCCAGCAGUGUCGAGCCGGACUGAGACCAGCAAGCUGGUAGAGGACCACCUGGCUGUGCAGUCCCUGAUCCGGGCCUACCAGAUCCGGGGCCACCAUGUGGCCCAGCUGGACCCGCUGGGCAUUCUGGAUGCAGACCUGGACUCCUUUGUGCCCUCAGACUUAAUCACAACCAUUGAUAAAUUGGCCUUCUAUGACCUGCGGGAGGCUGACCUAGAUAAGGAGUUCCAGCUGCCCACCACCACCUUCAUUGGGGGAUCUGAACACACCCUCUCUCUGCGGGAGAUCAUUCGGCGCCUGGAGAGCACCUACUGCCAGCAUAUCGGCCUGGAGUUCAUGUUCAUCAAUGACGUGGAGCAGUGCCAGUGGAUCCGGAAGAAAUUCGAGACCCCUGGUGUGAUGCAGUUCUCCAGUGAGGAGAAGCGGACGCUGCUGGCCCGGCUGGUGCGCUCCAUGAGAUUUGAAGACUUCCUGGCCCGGAAGUGGUCCUCCGAGAAGCGAUUUGGCCUGGAGGGCUGUGAGGUCAUGAUUCCCGCCCUCAAGACCAUCAUCGACAAAUCCAGUGAAAUGGGGAUCGAGAAUGUCAUCCUGGGGAUGCCACACAGGGGCAGGCUGAAUGUGCUGGCCAAUGUGAUCCGUAAGGACCUGGAGCAGAUCUUCUGCCAAUUUGACCCCAAGCUGGAGGCAGCAGACGAGGGCUCUGGAGAUGUCAAAUAUCACCUUGGCAUGUACCAUGAGAGAAUCAACCGGGUCACCAACAGAAAUAUCACUUUGUCCCUUGUGGCCAAUCCCUCCCACCUGGAAGCUGUGGACCCCGUGGUGCAGGGAAAGACAAAGGCAGAACAGUUCUACCGAGGGGAUGCCCAGGGCAAGAAGGUCAUGUCCAUCCUGGUUCAUGGGGAUGCUGCCUUUGCUGGCCAAGGUGUGGUGUAUGAGACCUUCCACCUGAGUGACCUGCCCUCUUACACCACCAAUGGUACUGUGCAUGUGGUCGUCAACAACCAGAUUGGCUUCACCACAGACCCUCGCAUGGCCCGGUCAUCACCUUAUCCCACCGAUGUGGCCCGUGUGGUCAAUGCACCUAUCUUCCACGUGAAUGCAGAUGACCCAGAGGCCGUGAUAUAUGUGUGCAGUGUGGCAGCUGAGUGGAGGAACACCUUCAAUAAAGAUGUGGUGGUGGACUUGGUCUGUUACCGCCGGCGUGGCCACAAUGAGAUGGACGAGCCCAUGUUCACGCAGCCGCUCAUGUACAAGCAGAUCCACAGACAAGUGCCUGUGCUGAAGAAGUAUGCAGACAAGCUCAUUACUGAGGGCACAGUCACCCUGCAGGAGUUUGAGGAAGAAAUAGCCAAAUAUGACCGGAUCUGUGAGGAGGCAUAUGGCAGGUCCAAGGAUAAAAAGAUCUUGCAUAUAAAGCACUGGCUGGAUUCCCCAUGGCCCGGCUUCUUUAAUGUGGACGGGGAGCCCAAGAGCAUGACAUGCCCAGCCACAGGCAUUCCUGAGGACGUACUGACCCACAUCGGUGAAGUGGCUAGCUCCGUGCCCCUGGAGGACUUUAAGAUCCACACCGGCCUCUCUCGAAUCCUACGGGGCCGUGCGGACAUGACCAAGAAACAGACAGUGGACUGGGCCCUGGCGGAGUACAUGGCCUUUGGCUCCUUGCUUAAGGAGGGCAUCCACGUGCGGCUCAGUGGGCAGGAUGUGGAGAGGGGCACAUUUAGUCACCGGCACCACGUUCUCCAUGACCAGGAAGUUGACCGGAGGACGUGUGUCCCCAUGAACCACCUUUGGCCUGACCAGGCCCCCUACACUGUGUGCAACAGCUCACUCUCAGAGUAUGGAGUCCUGGGCUUUGAGUUGGGCUAUGCCAUGGCCAGCCCCAAUGCCCUGGUCCUCUGGGAGGCUCAGUUUGGUGACUUCCACAACACAGCCCAGUGCAUCAUCGACCAGUUCAUCAGCACUGGCCAGGCCAAGUGGGUGCGGCACAAUGGCAUCGUACUGCUGCUGCCCCACGGCAUGGAGGGCAUGGGACCAGAGCAUUCCUCAGCAAGGCCUGAGAGGUUCCUGCAGAUGAGCAAUGAUGAUUCCGACGCCUACCCUGUGUUCACUGAGGACUUUGAAGUGAGCCAGCUCUACGACUGCAACUGGAUUGUGGUCAACUGCUCCACACCAGCCAACUACUUCCAUGUGCUGCGUCGCCAGGUCCUGCUGCCCUUCCGGAAACCGCUGAUCAUCUUCACACCCAAAUCUCUACUGAGGCACCCUGAGGCCAAGUCCAGCUUUGACCAGAUGGUAUCUGGGAGUCAUCUGUCCCCUGCCAAGGUUUGGCUCAAGAGGUAUCCAGUGCAGCCACAGAUCCAAUCUUGGGGGACCAGCUUCCAGCGGGUGAUUUCUGAGGAUGGGCCUGCAGCACAGGCUCCUGAGCAGGUACGGAGGCUCAUCUUCUGCACUGGAAAGGUGUACUAUGACCUGGUGAAGGAGCGGAGCAGCCAGGGCCUGGAGGAACAAGUGGCCAUCACCCGCCUGGAACAGAUCUCUCCAUUCCCCUUCGACUUGAUCAAGACAGAGGCAGAGAAGUACCCAGGCGCAGAACUGGUGUGGUGCCAGGAAGAGCACAAGAACAUGGGCUACUAUGACUACAUCAGCCCGCGCUUCAUGACCAUCCUGAGCCGGGCACGGCCCAUAUGGUACGUUGGCCGUGACCCAGCAGCUGCACCAGCCACAGGAAACAGGAACACUCACCUGGUUUCUCUGAAGAAGUUUCUGGAUACCGCCUUUAAUCUCCAGGUCUUUGAGGGCAAGACAUUUUAGAGCUGGCAAGGCCUAGCUGGGUCUUGUGGGACUGGCUGGGGACAUGGGGGCUCAUAAGGAGAGGGAUGGAUGGUGUUCCUGCCCAGGGGAGGGGCUGUCUAGAGCUCCAGGAUAAAACAAUACUCACGUAAGUGUUUAAGGCCAAAGAGUAGGCACUGCUGGCUUCGGGAUUAUGCCACCUUGGGCUUUUGUGUUUAUGUCAGAAUCUCUUAGGACUGAGCGAGCCAGAGAGGUCUGAUAUAUGGGCUGUCAUUCAGAAGUGUUGUUUGGAACUGUCCUGGUCUUUCUGAAAUUUUUGUCUGUCUUCUCCAUCUGUACUGUUCAUGUCUCUGCAGACAGCCAUGUGGGAGUCCAUGUCUUUAGUCCCUCUCUCUCAUCCUGGCAAAUCUGGCUGCUGCUUACCCUGUCCUUGUUCAUCUGUAGAUUCAAGGAAUGUUCCCUUUUGUGCUCUUAGAAAUAAAAAUUUCAGCAAUAACAACCAGGUGAAGCAAAACCGUGCCAGGUGAUUUAUAUGUGCUCUGUUUUAUGGGGUGUGUCAUAAUGAGAUAUGUCAGCUUCUGUGUGAAAUAUAACCGCAGCUCAUAUGUACCAAAGUAGAAAACUAAAUAACAGAGAAAUAAAAAAAUGCUUAAGAGA